AUGGCAGUGGCGCUGGCGGUGGCGCUGGCGGUGGCACUGGUGCCGCUGGCAGCCGAGGCGGGCAAGGACCCUCUGCUGAACGUGUGCAUGGAUGCCAAGCACCACAAGAGCCAGCCGGGCCCCGAGGGCAAGCUCUACCAGCAGUGCUCCCCCUGGAAGGACAACGCCUGCUGCACGGCCAACACCAGCCUGGAGGCGCACAAGGACCAGUCCUACCUCUACAACUUCAACUGGAACCACUGCGGGGUGAUGCCCCCCCAGUGCAAGCGCCACUUCAUCCAGGACACGUGCCUGUACGAGUGCUCCCCCAACCUGGGGCCCUGGAUCCAGCAGGCUGACAGCAGCUGGAGGAAGGAGAGGAUCCUGCACGUGCCCCUGUGCAGGGAGGACUGCGAGGAGUGGUGGCAGGACUGCAGGGACGCCCUCACCUGCAAGGAGAACUGGCACAAGGGCUGGAACUGGGCCACAGGAACCAACCGCUGUCCCUGGGGCUCCGAGUGCCGGCCCUUCCACCAGGUGUUCCCGCGGCCCCAGGACCUGUGUGAGAAGAUCUGGUCCGGCUCCUUCAGGCUCAGCCCCGAGCGCCGGGGCAGCGGCCGCUGCAUCCAGAUGUGGUUCGACCCCGCCCGGGGCAACCCCAACGCGGCCGUGGCCCGCUACUACGCCGGGAUGAGGGGGUCCUCCCCCGAGCAGGAGGGCAGGAGAGCCUGGCCGGGCCGGGAGGGCACCCUGCCGCCCCAGAGCCGCGGCACGGCGCGGGCCCUGCCCUGCCCCGGGCUGCUGCUGCUGCCCCUGCUGCCCCUGCUGCUGCCCCCGGCGCCGGGGGGCUCCCCGCGAUGGCGCUCCCCGUGA